UGAUGCCCAGCACAGGCUCCAGAUGCUGCAGAGAUCCUACCAGCAGCUGAAACAAGCAUGGGGAAGCAGAGAGCCCCUUAGCGCAUUCCUACCCUCCAUCUGCUCUCCUUCAGCCAGCACAUAAAAAGGUGCCGCUUCUCGUCUCCUCCCAGCCAAAAUCAAUGGGAGACCCUUGAUGGAGGACACCUCGGGAAGGCUCUAGGAAGCGCUUUGCUCUGGGUGCCCGGUCGCUGGGCGCCAGGAGGCAGCGCGGAGCCCGGCGCUAAUCAUUAACCUCCCCGGGCUGCGCGCAUCGCUGCUCCCGCACUGCCCGGGGCCGACGGCGGCUCCCCGCCUUCUUCCCGUUCCCCCACGGCCGGGGGGCAGCGCGUCGCUAUGGAGGGUGAGGUGAACGGCACCUUCCUGCCGUCCUGCGGCGAGAGCGAACCUCCCUACGCUCAGGAGCUGCUGGAGAGCCUUGACCUAGCUGGUAGAUUUCUCUUUGCGAUCUUGACUCUGAUGACGCUAAUUGCCAACCUGGUAUUUAUAGAAGAAGUCAUUUACAUCUACAGGAAAAUCCCCUCCUCCAAAAGAUCCAUUUUAAUUUGGAUAAAUGCUGCAGCUCCAGUGAUUGCUACAACCUCAUGCAUUGGCAUGUGGAUUCCUCGCUCAACAAUGUUUACAGAUUUCACAGCAUCGGUAUUUUUUGCCAUAGUUAUCCACAAGUUCCUGAUGAUGAUGAUUAAAGAGUGCGGGGGUCAAAAGCUGUUCCUGAAACGGUUUGAAAAUGGUCACUUCAAGAUCAGCACGGGGCCCUGCUGUUGCUGCUGCCUGUGCCUGCCUGGCGUGCGCAUCACUAGGCGAUCCCUCUUUUGGCUGAAGCUGGGCACCUUCCAGUUUGCUGUAUUUCGACCUGUUUUCAUGUUUCUGUCAACAGUGCUUUGGACCAAUGGCAAUUACAGCCUUUCCAAUUUAUCUCCCAAAGGAGCUGCAAUAUGGAUUAGCUGCUUCAUUGCUAUCCUUACCAUUAUUGCUCUGUGGCCAGUUGCGAUCAUGUUUCAACAAGUUAGGGUUCUCCUCAACUGUAAGAAGAUCAUCCCAAAGUUUGCUCUUUAUCAGUUUAUCCUCAUUCUGAACCACUUGCAGACAGCUAUUAUCAACAUUUUGGCUAUGCAAAGAAUUAUCCCUUGUGCUCCUCCACUCUCUUCUCCAGCAAGAGGAGCAUACAUAUCCCACCAGGUCCUCAUCAUGGAAAUGUUUCUAAUAACUUUAAUCGCAAGAGUGGUCUAUCGGAGAAGAUACGAUGAGCUUGACCCUCCAGAGUGUAUCACUGAAGAAGCUGGGGUCAAGAAGCAGACUCCUAUCCUGAAUGUCACAGUUAGUGAAGAUGGAUUGCGAGGGCUUUAGAAGCUUCCAGUGCUCCUGUUCUGCAGGAGCUGGGAGCUCAGCUUCAGGAGCUUCUUUCACUGUGUAUGGCCAUAGUGCAUGUCAGAACAACUUCUGACAGAAAUGCCUGUGAGCUGUGCUGAAAUGACCAACGAGUGGAAAGAUAACCCUGUUUAUUUUCCAGUGAUGUGUACAUGGUGUGAGUGUUUUCAUACCACGUACUUUUAUCUGGUUCUCCAGCACUUGAUGGUAGCCAAACGAUCUCAAAUGUGAUUUUUUUUUUUAAAUUGCUAUUAGAAUUGCUGUGAUUUAAUCUAAAGCUGAUCCUGUUUCAUCUCUUUUGAUUUCGUUUAGUUCUGUUUCAGGUAGCCUGGAUUGUUGUCGCAUGUCUGAAACAGCAUAUUCCCUUCCUGCAUUAAAAUAUAUCAGCUCUCAGUGUCACCAUAGCUAAGUCUGAUUGGUAAAUGCUUGUUCUGAAGUCCUCAGACUGGUACGGGCUCUCCACCUACAUAAUUGAUGGUCUCUUUAGGACAAGAAAUUUUAUAUUGCCCAGCAGUUCACCUCCUAACCUGGUAAAAACACAGUUGCCAUUUGUAUGUUGUUGGCUGAUGCUCUUGCUAGAGAAAGGAGAUUCUCCGUCUCUGGUCUGGAAAAAGAAAGUAGGAGUCGGCCUGAGAGAUGUUCUGUCACUGCUCUGUGGUGUUACGUAAUACUUUGGUUCUCUGUGUGGAAAAUGGGAGUUGUGACACUCAAGGUCCUCGCAUUCAAGAUGGGAAUGAGUACCAUUGAAAGGAAGGCUACAGGAAUGAGUAUUGUUGAAAGAAAUCUCUUUCAAAAACAUACUGCCCCAGCUUAUCCACCCCCAAGUCUGUCCUGCUCAGUGUUUGUGCGCAUCACUUCUUUUUGCUGAAAACAGUUUUGCUGCUUGUUUAUUGUUUUUUUUUUCCCCAGAAGAUCCUGUUGAUCUUUGAUGAGCCUAAUUCUUUUGAUUCAGCUCACUCUAAUUUGUAAUAUGACAGCAGAUUUGGUUACCCCUUGGAUAUGCUGUGUGUUGGGAAAGGAGGUGCAGAACUGUAUGCUAGCACACGUCUCUCCUCAUCUGGUCUGAACCCUAGAAGUAAAUACUUCAUCCAUAUAGCAGGAAUGUUUAUUCCACAGGGAGACAGGGAAAAUGCUUCAUGUUGGAAAAGAUGUUAUUAACAUCCUUCACCAAUAUGGCAUCAAAUACAACUUUUCAUCAGAGACGAGCGAGGCAGGUAGUGGGGCUUUAUUUCUCAUUUACAAGGAGCUCCAAAAAUACUCUCAGUUUGGGAACUGGCUGUGGAAAAUGAGAUACUCCAGAAGCUUUAGCUGGUGAAUAAGCAGGAAGAAGAAAAAGAAGCUGAAUUCAACAGAACGUUUUGUUUCUAGAUUGAGGUCAAAAAUAGUAUUUUCUUUAACAAUGGAGGAAUUCCCUGAUAUGAGAAAAAUUGAACUAUUUUUUUUGAAGUGGUUGAAGCAACUUCUAUAUGAAUUUUCUUUAAGGAGGGCAAUCCAUGCAAUUAAUAGAGAUUCUUGAGCUGCAUUAAUGUCAGAGAAUCUACUUUUUUUUUUUUUCAUUUUCCUUGAAAAAUAAUUUAGGUGAAAAUUUUCACUCUGCUCUGGAGCGUGUCAGUAGAAUUAACAAAUCUGUUGAUAUCUUAAUGUGAGAAAAUUUCUUAAUGUAACUUAACGUUUUGGCUAUCAGCAUACUCCUAAUGUUGCUUUAUAUCAGUCUAGGGCACAGGUAUAUUUGUUAUGUUUCUCUUAUCAACUUGCGGAGCAGUACUUCAUCACAGUAUUGGGGAUGGUUGGCUGUGAGCUGAAGAAGCUUCAAAAUUGGAAAAUAAAACACCUUGACUUAG